UGCAACUAUCAACGUCCCCGUAGUUACACUAAGACGUUGCUGCAACAACCAUGCGUGCGCGUAACAACAAUUACUUUGCUGACGUAAAACAUCCACACACCCAUCAUAGCUCGGGGUGCAUUCGGUGACCCUUACUCCCCUACUUCUACAACUAAUACAACACAAGAUAAAACCAUUGAAGACGCUAAACUUCUGGUUGUUGGGCACGUGCUGGUAUACACUCUCAAUACGAUAGCUCAACAUGUGUAAAUUGGCCUUAGCUGGUAACCCAGGCCAGGGUUAUCAAGCCAUCAACAAUGACCCCGUGGCAAAGCAGAUAGACCACAUAUACCAAGACAGGCUGAGACAGUUCAUGGACGAGGGCCAGUACAGGGAUUUGAACUUGCCGAAGUUCUACGACGUUGACAGAGUCGCACAGGGGUCCAAGGACGCCAAAGAAGGUGAAGGCUUUGUCGAUCUCAGCGUCCAUGAGAUCCCCGAUGUUAAGAAGAGGCCGUUGUUUAAGGAUGUGAUCAAUAAGGAUACCGAGUUCCGUCCGGCUCAUAAAGGCGAUAGUUUUGGGCCUUCCUGGAAGACGUUUUGGUUCAAGCUCAAGCUGAGAAUCCCAGACAAGUGGCUGUCGGAGGAGCAGAUCUGGUUCCAGUGGGAUUGCGGUAAUGAAGGCCUGAUCUACACCAAGAAUGGUACUCCGCUACAGGCCUUUACAGGUGGUGACCGGAACGAUUUUAUAAUUCCAAAGAGGUAUUACACAUCCAAGAAGUUCACUCUUUACCUGGAGAUGAGCUGUAAUGGAAUGUUUGGUGUUGGAAUGGGGUCAGAUAUCGCUCCUCCAGACCCAAACAGAUACUUCACCUUGAGAACCGCAGAUUUGGUGUUGCCAAACCUGGAAGCAAGGGCUUUGAAGAUUGACUAUUGGAUUAUCAGCGAUGCAGCAAGAGAGCUCUCUGGCGAAUCAUGGCAAAAGUACAAGGCACGCCAAGUGGCCACUGAUAUCAUUGAGGCAUUUGAUCCAAAUGACGUCAAAUCCAUUAAGAAGUGUCGUGAUAUUGCAGCCACUUUUAUCGGCAAGCACGUCGACAGUGCGCUCGUGUACGAUGACAUUGCUCCAAAUGGAAACAAGAUUGACGUUUAUGGAAUCGGGAACUGCCAUAUCGAUACAGCUUGGCUGUGGCCAUUUGGAGAAACAAGAAGAAAAGUUGUGAGAUCAUGGACCACUCAGAUGGAGUUGAUGGAUCGAUACCCUGAGUAUAGAUUUGUUGCCUCUCAAGCACAGCAGUACAAAUGGCUCGAACAGGACCACCCAGACGUCUUUGAAAGAUUGGCUGGAAAGGUCAAAGAUAAGCAGUUCAUUCCAAUUGGUGGUUCUUGGGUUGAGCACGAUACGAAUAUCCCUAACGGUGAAUCUCUCAUCCGUCAAUUCCUGUUUGGUCAGAGAUUCUACGAGUCACACUUUGGCCAGCGUUGUACCACUUUCUGGCUACCUGAUACCUUUGGUUACAGCUCUCAAAUCCCACAGUUGUGUCGUCUAGCCGGGCUCGACAGGUUCUUGACUCAAAAGCUGUCAUGGAACAACAUCAACAACUUCCCAAACACAACCUUUAACUGGGCUGCACUUGACGGGUCCCAGGUCCUGACACAUAUGCCUCCUGCGAAUACGUAUACGGCAGAUGCCAACUUUGGUGACGUUAAGAGGUCCCUUGUUCAACACAAGAACCUGUCAUACGACCAAGCAGGCCUGCUGUGCUUUGGUAAAGGGGACGGUGGUGGUGGUCCAUUACCGGAGAUGCUGGAUAGACUACGUCGUUGUAGAGGCUUGAGCAACACUGUUGGUCAAUUGCCUACUGUCCACCUGGGCAAAUCUGUUGAUGACUUCUACGAUGAGAUCCUGGAACGGACAGACAACGGUAAAAAGCUGGUUUCUUGGGUUGGAGAGCUAUACUUUGAGUUCCACAGAGGAACAUAUACCACGCAGGCAUUGGUUAAGAAGCUCAUGAGAAGAUCUGAAGGUAUACUACACGACUUGGAGUACUUUGCAACGAUUGCAUCCAUUUUGAAACCUGAUGAGUACAAGUAUCCAAAUAAGAUAUUGAAAGCCUUAUGGGAGGAUGUCUUGCUGUGUCAAUUCCACGAUGUGCUCCCAGGCUCUUGUAUUGAAAUGGUCUACAAAGACGACGUUCAUCCAAUGUUGAAAAAUGUCUAUCUCAAGGCCAACGAGUUGAUUGAUGAGGCGUUGUCUGUGCUGGAGGGUUCAUCAUUCAACGCUCAGUACAAAUUUGUCAGUACGUAUCAGUGGAAACCACGCGGUGUCAUCUCUGUUCCAAAGGCAUUCACCAAAGAGGUGUCACACGUGGAGUACCAGGCGAGCGAAGAACACGACUACAUCUUCUUGGGAAAGUCCUCUGUUUCUAGUUCUCCUCUGAAGUCAGGGCUCAAGUAUCCUUCUAAAGUGAGCGAGACGAAAGAUGGUGACUUUGUUCUGGAGAAUGGCAAGCUAAGAGUAACGAUUGACCAUGGUGGUGUCAUUACAUCGUUAUAUGAUAUUGUCAACGCCCGUGAAGUUCUCGAUCUAACGACAGGUAAGAACCAUCGUGGUGCUAAUCAAUAUGUCUUGUUCGAUGACACACCACUGAACUGGCAAGCGUGGGACACUGAAGUCUUCUCCUUGGACACGUACAAAUAUGUUGAAAAGGGAACUGUGGAAAUCAACGAAACAGGGCCAUUGGUGAGCUCUGUCUCUGUCAAUUACAAGAUUGGUGACAAGUCUCAUCUCAAGACGGUUAUCUCUCUUGAAGGAUUGGACAGCAUUAGAUCACCUUCAGCUGUGAAGUUCCAUUGUGAUGUGGAUUGGCACGAAUCUCGCAAGUUCUUGAAGGUUGAGUUCCCAGUUGAUAUUCACUCCGACUUUGCCAGUUAUGAGACUCAAUUUGGCAUCACCAAGAGACCAACACAUUACAAUACCAGUUGGGACGUUGCAAAGUUUGAGGUUUGUCACCACAAGUUUGCAGACUUGUCUGAACACAACUAUGGUGUGAGUGUUCUGAACGAUUCCAAGUAUGGGUUCUCCUCACAUGGCAACCUGAUGCGUCUAUCGCUCCUGAGAUCUCCUAAGCAGCCAGAUGCGAAUGCAGAUAUGGGCCAUCAUGAAUUUGAAUACGCUUUGUAUCCUCAUGCUGGGCCAUUAGAUAACACGACAGUUGAGUUGGCGUACCGUUUCAACUCCAAGUUACACCUGCUUAAAGUGCCACUGUCCAAGUCGUUUGAGAACUUUAUCACUUUUGAAGGUGACAAGAACAUCGUGUUGUCUCAUAUUAAGAGAGCAGAGGACGACAAGGACGUUUCCUUGGGAGAUUUACCAGUAAAGAAGAACAGACAAGAUGGUAAAGCUGUUAUUGUUAGGCUCUAUGACUCUCUGGGUGGUAGAUCCAAGGGUGCCAUCAAGACCACUGGACCGUUAGUUGCAGCUUACAAGGUGAACAUUUUAGAAGACAAGUUGGAGAAACUCUCAUUCAAAGAGGUGUUCCCUGAAUCAUUGUCUUACAAAAAGGUUGAAGUUGAGUUGAGAGCAUUUGAAGUUGCUUCUUAUAAGCUUGUUUUUGCCUCAAAUUGAGUGUGACUCUAUGUAUGUUUAUACAACAUUGUGUUGAAGCUGGGAAAUGAAUAAAAACAGAAUCCUUCAUGAGUUUGAUAACCUGUCGUAUGCAUCUUGUGUAACCACUAGCAUAGGAUUGACUGCUGGAAGCUUUGUCUCCUCACUCAUAAGACUCAAGGCAGACAAGGCUAGAAAGCUAUGAUAUGGAUCUGGAGACGAUG